AUGGGUAAAAGAUAUCAUUCCAUAAGAUCCUUGAAAGAUAUAUAUGAGGCUAUGUUGCUCGGACUCUUAAAAAAUUUCGAUGGUUGCAUGUCAGAUCUUCCAAAAGUAGUGCAUUUUCGGAAGAUCCGACAUGGGUGCAACAUCAUUUUUGGAGAAUCCAAGCAACAUAGCCUACAGGUCAAGGGUUUAAGCUGGGAAUCAGCUACUGAUGUUUGUGUUAGGAUUCUGCAACCUUGGCUCAAAAAUAAAAGGGAAGAACAUGAAAUGAUUAAACGUAUUCUAUUAGAUAUUUUUCAACAUGUCGAAAGCACUGCAGUAGGAACUCUGUACACAGAAGAUGGGAAACCAAAUAUUCCUGCUAUUAGAAAGUUAUUCGAAAGCAUUGAUCACAAUAAAGAUAAUGCCAUUUCGCGUGCUGAAUUGGAACAACUGAUAACCAAUAGCCAAUUUGGAGCCGUACCUUCAGAUGAUGAUGAAAAGGUAGACAGAAUCAUCAAACAAUUUGAUGUGAGUCGAGAUGAGAUGAUCAGCAUGGAGGAAUUUGUUACCGGAUUCUCCCAAUGUCUAAAUCCUUCUCAUCUAUCACCAGAGUCCAAAGAGGAUAUCUUCCAAAAGAACUGGGAAACGGCAGAAAAGCUGCUGCACAAGGAGACUGAUAGAUCUGCAAUUGCAUGGAUGAAGGCCAUAUUGCUUCUGGUUAUUGGAAUAGUAAUAUUAGGACUACUAGCUGAACCUCUCAUCAAGAGCGUAGGGAGUUUCUCCAGAGCUAUAAACGUACCUUCAUUUUUCAUCUCGUUUAUCUUAGUCCCUUUGGCUACAAAUGCAAGAAUAGCAAUCUCAGCCAUCAACGAAGCAAGUCGAAAGAAACAAAGAACUAAUUCCUUGACAUUAUCAGAGAUAUAUGGUGGGGUAUUCAUCAAAAAUAUGCUCGGACUUUCCGUCCUGCUUUCAUUAAUAUAUUUCCGGGGAUUGGCUUGGAACUUCUCAGUUGAAGUGCUUAGUGUGCUACUGAUUAUGACUUCUUUGUUUAACAAAAUAGCUCGAGCAUAUCGGUUCUAUUGUAGUGUGAUUUCUGGAAUAAAUGGAAGGACUGGUUCUCUUUCUAGGCUUUUGGUACUGGAUUGGAACACUUUCUUCAUUUCUUUUUUUCUGGGGAAAUACCUCAAUGUUGAAGAUUUCUUGCUUCACCUACCUAUUGAGCAAUAA